AUAAAAAUUGGAGGGAGACGCCAGAAUAGGGUAACGUGGGAAAAUUACAGUCAGCUCCGCAGUCUGCAGGAUCGGAGAGACACCGCCCGCGGUGGUCUUUAUUCAUCAAAAUCCAACCUUCUCAACUCUACCGGAAUCCACAGGACAAAUUUCUAUGGUUUUGGUGUCAAUUGGCGACAAUUUCAGAGCUCUUGGAUUGAUUUCUAGGGAUACAGGGAUUAAAUAAUCCGGUUGGGUUGGGUUUCGGAUCCGGGCCUUGUGGCGGAGGAGGAGGGAUUGGUUUAUGCGUGCCAUUCCGAUGUCUGAGAAACCUGGCUUGAAGCAGGUUCUGGAGGACUCGAAAGCUGAGGCGGAGGGAGAUCAACAGAUUCGAGGCAGUCCAAUUGCGAAUGGGUUGGCCAAGGAUUCGAAUGCAAUUCGAGACGACGUCGCCGAGCCGGUGAAUCAGGAAUUAGGGUCAGCGUGGCCGGUGGCGGAAUCGGUGGCAGACGGUGAUAACCAGGUGGCGGAAGAUAAAGGCAAAGUGACGGAGGACUCGGGGAAAGAGGAGUUUGUGGAUUGCUCGGAGGAUUACGCAAUGGAUGAGUUGGACCGCCUGCGGCUUUUGCUGGAUACUACUGUUGGCGAGAAGGAAAGUUUGGCACGCCAAUUCGAGGAAGAAAGAGAGGCUUUUGCUAGAGAAAUUGCCAGUCUUCGGUUUCAGCUGAAUGCUCUUACUGAUCAACAGCCAUCGAUUGGCGAAAGCGGUAAUUUUUAUCAUGACAAAGAAAGUAGGGAAGAUGAUAAAGGUACGGAUACCUGGUGGCGUGAGUUGAUAACUGAAUGCUCUGGACUUGUUAAAACGGCUUUGGAGAAACGGUUGCAGACUGAGGCCGCGGUGAGAGAACUUGAUGGAGUUGUGUUUAAGAAGGAUCAAGAGAUUGAGGAACUCAAUGCCAAGGUCAAUGAGUUUUCGGUAUUGAAUGAUGUUGUUGCAAUUUUUUUGAAUUCUGCUCAGAGGUCUGUGGAAAUGUCAUCUGAGGCUCAGAUUGAGAAGGAUACAUACAUUGAAGUUGUGACAAACAGGAUGCUGGCUUCCCUUGGGGGAGUCGUUGAUCAACAAGAAAUGUUGGAUGGUUCUGUCGGUGGAAAAUUAGUACAUGUUGAGCAAGGCACUUCUAUGCUAAUUGAGAAGUUCACCAGGAUGCUUUCUGAAAUUGAACAACUUAGACAGUGCUUGCCGGAAGCCAGGUCAGAUCUUAAUUCACAGGAACUAGGAGGGGUUUUUACUGCUGCCUGUGAUGAGUUACUUGAGCUCAAAAGAAAGGAAUCAGAGUUUGUCAAAAGAUUGAGCCAUCUAGAAGAUGAAAAUAGGAAAGUGAUAGAAGAACUUGAAAAUCAAAAAGGGAUAGUUGAGGCGGUGAAUGCUGAUCUAGGACAAACAAAAAUGGAACUGGAGCAGGAGAAGCAUAGGUGCUCUAAUACCAGAGAGAAGCUUGCUAUGGCCGUGACAAAAGGGAAGGCAUUGGUGCAGCAACGGGACUCAUUGAAGCAGUCCAUUGCUGAAAAAACGAGUGAGCUUGAGAAGUGUUUGAUUGAAUUGCAAGAGAAGUCAAGCGCAAUUGAAGCUGCUGAGUUAACCAAGGAGGAAUUGAUUAGGAGCGAAAAUUCGAUUGCAUCCUUGCAAGAAAUAGUAUCCCAGAAGAAUGUAAUCAUUGAAAGUUUGGAGGAGAUUAUGUCUCAGACCGGUGUACCUGAAGAACUUCAAUCUAUGGAUAUUCUAGAGAAACUUCGAUGGCUUUCGGAUGAAAAUGAUAAACUCAAGGGAAUUUCCCUUGAAUUCAAAAACUUGAGAGAUGCUAUGCAUGCAAUUGAUCUACCAGAAGUUAUUUCAUCUUCUGACUUAGAGUCUCAAGUAAAUUGGCUUAGGGAAUCGUUUUCUCAGGCCAAAGAGGAAGUGCUUAUGUUGCGCGAUGAAAUUACUGCAACUAAGGAAGUGGCACGUAAAAAUAUCGACCACUUAACUGAUUCACUUUCAGCUGAGUUGCAGGCAAAGGAAUAUCUCCAAGCAGAGCUGGACAAUCGGACAUCCGAAUACCAAGAGAUUGUCAAGAAAGAGCAACAGGUGUCUUUAGAGAAGGCUGAUAUGGCAAAAGAGGAAGUACUUGUGUUGUGUGAUGAAAUUACUGCAACCAAGGAAGUGGCGCGUAAAAAUAUUGAAGACUUAACUGCUUCACUUUCAGCUGAAUUGCAGGCAAAGGAAUAUCUCCAAGCAGAGCUGGAUAAUCUGACAUCUGAAUACCAAGAGAUUGUCAAGAAAGAGCAACAGGUGUCUUCAGAGAAGGCUGAUAUGGUCAGAAUGUUACUCGAUGUCUCAGGAGUUGUAGUGGACAAUGAAGAGGUCUAUCAACCUUCGUCAGACCCUGCCUUGCUUGUUGACAGAUGCAUUGGGAAGAUAAAAGAAGAGAGUAAUGCCUCAUUUGAUUCUCCAAAGGUUGAUGCUGAGUUGUUUGAAACCAUUCAAAGCCACCUGUAUGUAAGGGAUCAGAAAUUGAUGCUGUGUGAGACUUUACUGGAACAGGAGACACUGGUGAGGUCAGAGGUGAAUAACCUGUCAAAUGAGUUGCGGGCUGUAUCUCAAAAACUUGCAGCAUUGGAAGAGGAAAAAGGGACCCUGCAGAGAGAUUUUGAACGAUCAGAGGAGAAAAAUACUGUGCUAAGGGAGAAGUUAUCCAUGGCAGUCAAGAAAGGUAAGGGACUGGUUCAAGACCGGGAAAACUUGAAACAUCUUUUGGAUGAAAAGAAAUCAGAAAUUGAGAAGUUACAGCUUGAGUUACAGCAGGAACAGUUGGCACUUGCUGAAUGCAGGGACAAGAUAAGUAGUUUGUCUGCUGAUGUAGACCGCAUCCCAAAGUUAGAUGCUGAUCUAAUUGCUAUGAAGGAACAACGGGAUCAACUUGAACAGUUCUUAGUGGAGAGUAAUAACAUGUUACAGAGAGUAAUUGAAUGUAUUGAUGGCAUUGCUCUUCCUGUCGAUUCAAUUUUUGAAGAGCCUGUGGGGAAGGUGAAUUUCAUUGCAGGAUACAUAAGUGAAUGUCAGGAUGCCAAGGAAAAUGCAGAGCAUGAGUUGAGUAAAGUAAAAGAGGAAGUCAAUAAUCUGGCUGGUAAGUUAGCAGAAGCUCACUCAACUUUAAAGUCUCUGGAAAAUGAAUUGUCGGUUGCAGAGAGUGAUAUUUCUCUACUUGCUGAACAAAAGAGGGAAAUGGAAUUGGGUAAGACCAAUGUUGAAAAAGAGUUAGAGAAAGCAAUUGAGGAAGCUAUGUCUCAAGCUAGCAAGUACGAUGAAGUUUGUGCAUCCAAAAAGUCACUGGAAGAGGCGUUAUCAAUUGCAGAAAAUAGUAUAUCUGUGCUUGUUAGUGAAAAAGAAGGAGCUUUAGUUGGUAGAGCUUCUGCAGAGACAGAGCUAGAGAAAGUGAAAGAGGAAGUUGAUACUCAGACUAGCAAACUAACAGAGGCCAAUAAGGCCAUAAAGUUACUCAAAGAUUCCCUAUCACUGGUACAGACCAAUGUUUCUUUGCUUACCGAACAAAACAAUGAAGUUCACAUUGGUAGGACCAAUUUAGAGGUGGAACUAAAGAAACUGCAAGAGGAAGCUAGGAUCCACGUUAACAAGCUAGCAGAUGCCAAGGCAACCAUAAAAUCACUGGAAGAUGCAUUGCUGAAGGCUGAGAAUGAUAUUUCUGUCCUUCAAGGUGAAAAGAAAAAUGCUGAAGACGAAAUAUUGACACUUAAUUCCAAGUUAAAUACACAAGACGAAGAGUUGUCUGGAACUAAUGGCAGCACAGAAAGCAGGUCCAUAGAGCUAAGUAGCCACCUUCAUAAUCUUCACCUGCUAAUGAAGGAUGAUACUCUGUUGGCCACUAUGAAAAGAUGUUUCGAGAAGAAAUUUGAGAGCCUGAAAGAUAUGGACCUCAUUCUUAGAAAUAUAAAGGACCAUUGUGUUUUCAUGAAUUCAGAAGAGCUGAAAAGACAUCAAGUGUUGGAGGAAGAUUCAUAUGUGACAAAGUCUUUCUCAGAUGGCAUUGACACUAUAUCCAGUGUGGAAAAGGUUACUGGUGAGGCCAGUGUUGCAGAUGCUGAUAUGUCUUCAUGUUUGAAGCGGACUGUGGAAAGGUUCCAGAUGCGAGAAGAUGUUCUUGCAGAAAUUUUUGAAUGUUUAUCUUCUUCUGUAGAUGGGUUUAUUGCAAAUCUGUUGAGAAAUCUACAGGCAGUAAGGGAUGAAGUAAUAGCUAGGUUCGAGAACAUGGAGUCUGUCAAACAACAAGCAACUAAUCUGGAAAUAUGUAAACAGGAACAGGGGAAUACAAUAGCCAUAUUAGAAAAUGAUCUUAAGUCUCUACUUUCUGCUUGUACCGCUGCUAUCGGAGAACUUCAAUUUGGAGUCGAGAACAAUUUACUUGAACUGAGCUCUGUUCCUGAGCUUGAAAAAUUGAAACAUAAUUUGCCCCGGGAAACAGUAAUCAGUGGAGAGACCACAGAAGCAGAUGAGCAAGGUCUACAGGACAGCAAAUAUGGAAAAACCGCAGAAAUGUUGUACGUUUCUAUUAGAAAAGUUAAAGCUUUGAUUAAACAGUUUGAGAGAACAAGUAAAGUGGCAGCCUCUACAAUUGAAGAUCUGCAGUGUAAACUGACAGAAGCUAGGACGAUUUCUAAGAAAGCCAUUGAAGAAAGGGAUCUAGGACAAAAUAGGAUUUCCAAGUUGGAUGCUGAUGUAGAAGCAUUACAGAAUUCGUGCAGUAAGCUGACACUUAGACUAGAGGAUUAUCAAUCCCAAGAAGAUAAGUUUAAUGAAAAAGAGGUGGAAGUUUUAUCACUGUGCAAUGCUAUGUCGAUGAAAGAACAAGAGGCUGAAGACUCACUCCUGUCAGCAUCUGAAGUCAAAACUCUCUUUGACAAGAUUGGCAGGAUUGAAAUCCCAGAGUCACAUGGAGGAGACUUGGAGCCCCACAAUUCAGCUCAUGUGAAGAAGCUCUUUUACGUUAUUGAUAAUAUUACUGACCUUCAGCAUCGGAUAAACUUAUUGUCUUAUGAAAAUGAAGAGCUGCAGUCAACUCUUGGGACUAGGAAUCUCGAAAUUGAACAAUUGAAGGAGGAGGCUGAAAGUUAUGAUAGAGAUAGACAAGAUAGAGAGAAGAUGAAAAAUGAAUUGUCUGUGCUUAUAUAUAGUUUGGAAAAAAUUAUAGAUAUGUCAGGAGGUAGUGAUUUAGUUGUAGACCAGAAAUCUUCUGGUGUGACUGGACUUCUAUCAGUAUUGGAGAAGCAGGUUAGGGCUUUACAAUUGGAGUCUGAAAGUUCAAAAUCAAAAGCCCAGGAACUUGGUACUAAGUUGGGCGAGAGCCAAAGGGUUGUGGAGGGAUUAUCGACCAAGGUUAAUUCACUUCAAGGGCGGGCUGCUCAGCCAGUGAUUGUCCAGGAAAGGAGUAUCUUUGAAGCACCUACUACUGGUUCAGAGAUAUCUGAAAUUGAAGAUGGGGGAUCACAUGGAAAGAACGCAAUAUCUCCUGUCCAAUCAGCGGCUCAUGUGCGAACUAUGAGGAAGGGUUCAACUGAACAUCUCGCAAUUGAAAUUGGUUCUGAAUCUACUCGUCUGGUCAACAAUGAAGAAACUGAUGAGGACAAAGGUCAUGUAUUCAAAUCUCUCAAUGCAUCUGGUCUCGUACCAAGACAAGGAAAGUUGAUUGCAGAUCGAAUCGAUGGAAUUUGGGUAUCUGGCGGUCGGGUUUUGAUGAGUCGCCCGAAGGCAAGGCUCGGACUGAUCGCCUACUCUCUCCUCUUGCAUCUGUGGCUGCUAGGAACCAUUUUGUAACCAAGUCUGAUUGUUCCUCAUUAGGGUGUGCAAGCAAAUUGUAUCAUACACAUUUUGUCAUUUCUUUUACCUCAUUCUUUUUCUUUCAUAUUUGUAUAUAUGUCCCAUCCCCAAAUUCAAAUUCUCUGCAAUCACAUUUUUAGGUUGCAGAAAAUCAAAAAUCCGAUGGAAAUUUUUCCACCUCA